AUGUCCCACGAUUUCCAAUCUUCAACUUCCAUUCUACUGACACACGACGAUCAACAAGAACUUGAACAACUGCAGCAACAACAACCCCCUCUUGACACUACUUCUCAAUAUGGCUCCAACACCAACAACAACACUCCUUCAAAGCCAACUGACAAACGCAAAGGAAAGCAAGCCUUUGAUCCAAAUGCACCUUGUUACAUCCAGCAAUUGUCGAUAGAAGUAUUGGCCCAUGUCUUUGCACGUCUUGAUCCAACAUCCUUGGCUACAGUGGGCGGCGUUUGUCGCUUCUGGAGACAUAUUGUCAUGGAUGAUACCUGUUGGAAGGAUGCUUUUCUUGCCUACUUUGACACAUUGCCAUUCAAGCGUCUACGUAAGGAUAGCUGGAAAUCAGAGUACAUUUUACGUACUCAUCUCAUCAGACGGUGGGAAAAGGGUCGUGGUACUGUCAUCCAAUUCAAUCCAAAGGUUGGAUCCAUCAAAGGUCUUGCUGUCGAUUAUGAAAAUUCAACCAUGCUCGUGGCGAGUGCUGAACAAGGUCUUGGCGUCCGAUGUAAUCCAACUACAGGAAAGGUCGAGCGCCAUUUGAUGUACAGCACAAAUGAUAAUGUUCCAUGCCCUGUGAGAACUGUGGAAAUGGAUGGGCAACGUAUUUUGUGGGGUUUUCAUCCUGGAUUUAUCACAAUGUCCAUGCGAGGCAAAUCAGCGGGUGGUCGACAGCUGCGUGUCUUUUCCGAUUUUCAUCAAGGCGCAGUGACGGCUUUGGCAUUAUCCACUUCUUUGCGUGAAGUCGUAUUGAGUGCAGGCGAGGAUGGGGCGAUCAAGAUUUGGGAUGUGAUUACGGGUACUUGCGCAAAAAGUAUGAUUGGCGUGAUGGCUACACCAACUUGUCUUGAGAUCACAAAGGAUUUCCGUGUCAUUGCUGGUUAUGCAAGUGGUGAUAUCGUCGUUUGGGAUAUCCAUGUGGGUCAAAUUGCCAAGGAACGCCGUGAUGAGAUGAUUCGUCGCCAACAUUUACAUGCGCAAGCGACAACCACAUCGGCUACAACAACGGAUUUAUCUACACGCCGUCAUGUCAUACCACCCACAACUGUGGAUACAGGCACAGCCGUUCAAACUAUCAAGCAUGAUGCUGAUUUGGAUGUGAUGCUGGUGACAUAUGCAGGAUCACACGAGGUGUGGAAAUAUUCUAUCAAGACCGGCGAAUGCCUUGCUGUUUAUGGUGGCGAUAAGGGGCAUCUUGGUACCAUCACGUGUAUGGAAUGGGAUACGACGUUGCCAGGUGAAACGGUGCCUUUGCAAAAUGCUUUGAAGGUGAAAAAGAGUGGAGUUACCAAUGGCAUGUCAUCCAAGCAACAACACACCCCGAUUUCCUCUCCUGUCAAGACCAUGCGUGUGAUGGUUACUGGUGAUACAGAAGGCACUAUUUGCGUGUGGGAUGGUGAUGCGGUUCAAAAGGAUGGCAAACCUAUUGCGCCUUUGCGUGUUUUACAAGGACACAUUUGCCCCAUUAGUGCCAUACACGUGGAUGGAUGCAAGAUUGUCAGUGGAAGUGAUGAUGGUUGGAUCAGGUUUUGGGAUCCAUUGACGGGCAAUUUAUUGAAUGUGUUGGGCAACAAGAUUCCUCGCAAUGCCCCUGUGGAUCGUACGGACGUGAGUAUGAUGCGUGUGACCAAUAUCCAUUGCGACGAGUAUCGUGGUGUGGCUACGAUUGGACAUCAAGUCAAAACGUGGGAUUUUUCUCCUGACAAGCAAUUCUUGGAUAAGCGCAAUUUACGUCAAAAAGGCAAAGUUGGCAACGGCAAUGCUCGUCAGCUGCAUUAUGAAAUGAAACAAGACCUUCGUGAGAGUGCAGAAGCUAUCAAGCAAGAGCGUUUCGAACGUGAACAACACGCCAAGGAGGUGCACAAGAUGUCAUUGGGUGGUCUAUCGGAUGAGGAAAUGCUUGCAUAUGCCAUGAUGCUUUCUCAAGAAGAACAAGGAACUACCAAGGACAACCCUGUGAUUACAAAUGCUGAUUACGUGGAUGAAGAAGACGAGGCCUUGAUGCAAGCCAUGAUGGAAAGUUUGAAAAUGGAGGAAGAAGCUAAGGCUGCUCGAGAACAAACGAUUACGCCGCCAGCUGCAAGCUCGUCUGGAUCUUCAGAGUUGGAUCAUUGGCCCAUGUUGGGUGAGGGUAGUGGUGCCAGCAGUAGCGGUAGCAGUAGCAGAGCUGAUGUAACGGCGGAUGGAGAUGAUGCUUAUGAUGCCGAACUGCUAUACGUUUUGCAACUUAGCCAGAAAGAAAUGUAG